UUGGGAAAGCGCGCGCCGCCGCAGUAGCGAGGGUCGAGCUGCCGGGAAGGAAGCGAGUCUCUGAGGCGUACGGGCCGAGCGGGCAGCUGGUUGGUGCUCAGGCCCCUGUUGCGGCGGCAGGUCCCUCCACGUGCUUUGGGCAGCGACAUGGAGCUGGAGGAGUUGGGAAUCCGAGAGGAAUGUGGCGUAUUCGGGUGCAUCGCCUCAGGAGAGUGGCCCACGCAGCUAGAUGUGCCGCAUGUGAUCACUCUGGGACUCGUGGGGCUGCAGCACCGGGGUCAGGAGAGUGCUGGUAUUGUGACCAGCGAUGGGAAUUCAGUACCAACAUUCAAAACACACAAGGGAAUGGGUCUUGUAAAUCAUGUCUUUACUCAAGACAAUUUGAAGAAAUUAUAUAUUUCAAACCUUGGAAUUGGACACACAAGAUACGCCACUACAGGAAACUGUGAAUUAGAAAAUUGUCAGCCCUUUGUUGUUGAAACACUUCAUGGGAAAAUAGCUGUGGCACAUAAUGGCGAAUUGGUAAAUGCUGUUCAAUUAAGGAAAAAGCUUCUACGGCACGGUAUUGGUUUGUCAACAAGUUCUGAUAGCGAAAUGAUUACCCAGUUACUGGCGUAUACACCUCCUCAGGAACAAGAUGGCACCCCAGAUUGGGUAGCAAGGAUUAAAAACUUAAUGAAGGAAGCACCCACAGCAUACUCCCUGCUUAUAAUGCACAGAGAUGUUAUUUAUGCAGUACGAGAUCCUUAUGGAAAUCGUCCUCUCUGCAUUGGACGUCUUAUGCCUGUAUCUGAUAUAAAUGAUAAAGAGAAAAAAUCUUCAGAAACAGAAGGAUGGGUGGUGUCUUCAGAAUCUUGCAGCUUUUUAUCAAUUGGUGCAAGAUAUUACCGUGAAGUCUUGCCUGGAGAAAUUGUGGAAAUAACCAAACGUAGUGUCCAAACGCUUGAUAUUAUACCAAGGUCUGAAGGAAACCCGAUGGCUUUUUGUAUCUUUGAAUAUGUUUAUUUUGCAAGACCAGAUAGUAUAUUUGAAGACCAAAUGGUUUACACAGUAAGAUACCGUUGUGGUCAGCAGCUGGCCAUCGAAGCACCUGUGGAUGCAGAUUUGGUUAGCACUGUUCCGGAAUCUGCGACACCUGCUGCUCUGGGUUACGCAGGAAAGUGUGGGCUUCCAUAUGUGGAAGUGCUGUGUAAAAACCGGUACGUAGGAAGAACCUUCAUUCAACCAAACAUGAGGUUAAGACAACUUGGUGUUGCAAAAAAAUUUGGAGUAUUGUCAGACAACUUUAAGGGCAAAAGAAUUGUUCUUGUAGAUGAUUCCAUUGUAAGAGGCAAUACCAUCUCACCCAUAAUCAAAUUGCUCAAAGAAUCUGGAGCAAAAGAGGUACACAUUAGAGUAGCUUCACCACCAAUUAGGUAUCCAUGCUUUAUGGGAAUAAAUAUACCAACAAAAGAAGAGCUUAUUGCCAAUAAACCUGAAUUUGAACAUCUUGCAAAAUAUCUGGGAGCAAACAGUGUCGUAUAUCUGUCAGUGGGUGGACUGGUUUCAUCUGUACAAGAAGGGAUAAAGUUGAAAAAACAGAAAGUGGAAAAGCAGGAUAUUAUGAUUCAAGAGAAUGGGAAUGGUCUGGAAAGCUUUGAAAAGAAUGGUCAUUGUACAGCUUGUCUCACUGGAAAAUACCCUGUGGAAUUGGAAUGGUAGCUGGUAGGGACAGAUAUGAUUUUUCAAGAUACAAAGUUGGUCAAGAAGUUUUAGUGGUGGUUAACACCCUAUCCAUUUACUGUUACUCCCUUGAAAUGAUGUAAAAUGCCACAUGCUUAUGUUUACCUUCAUAAGUUUUGAGAUUUCCAAAAAGAGUACCAAAGUGCUAUGCUUUCCUUAAUAAUCCUGGAUAAAUAUUUUGGUGUUAUCUAGGAAUUUGGAUGAUCCUUUCAGUUUUAUUUAGUAGUUUAGUACUUUGAGGCUACCAGUUCUGAGAUCAUCUACAUUUAAUUUCGCAUCAGUAACAAUAAUGCAAAGAAUAGGUAAAUUUCUGUUUUAGUGAAGAUUGCCAGGCAUUAUACCUUCCCACAGAUUCUUAGAGAAUUUUGUGGAAUGUUUCUUGAAAGUUAUUGAAAUUCAGUUGUGGAAUAUUUUCAUAAUUGAACCUUGCUAAUCGUAUACAGUACAACAUUGGUGUUUCUUUUGUUUUUUGUUCUUUUUUUUUAACGCACAAACAUUGGCUAGCCUUUUUUACCUGGUCAGAGAAGGUGAGGGUAAGUGGCAUUUGCCAGGUCCAUGCUUUAAAGAGUUUGCAAGAGGUUAGACUAAGGUGGUGUGAUGCAAACAGGACAUGAAUUAAAUAUAACAUUUUAUGCAAACCUUGAAUCCAUUAUAUCCCCAAAGUGUCAGGCUCCUGGAGUUCUCAGUGUGGUUUUGACCUUGGCUUCCCUAACAAAUCUUAAAACAAGAACAACAAAUACAUGCCUUUUUGUGCCUCACUUUUCCCGCCUGUGCAAUGGGAUACCUAUAUUACAAGAUUCAAUAAUUAAUAGGAAUGUGAAAAAGUGUCCUACUUUUGGUGGUUAGAGCCGUCAUUUCACCCUUCAAUUUUCAGAUAGUGCAUGAUUAUUAGUUUUUGAAAUGUCGGCUGUUAUUCUGAAAUAGAGAUUUUGUUAUGAUGAAGGGAGACAUGCAAUUUAGCAUUGCUUUGCCACCUGUCUUUGAGAUGUCUUAAAAAUGAUUCUAAAAACAUGUCUGUGGAAGUGUUUUCCUACAUUUGACUAUAAAGUAUGGUUCAUACUACUUAGUGCCCUUAUAGUAUAAGCCCAGCAAGUAACCUAGUAUGUUUAAAGUAAACAAUAAAUUUUUAGAUUCUAACAACCCUUUUAUCCUUUUUAAUUACAUUUUCUUUUAAUGAAGUGCUUGAUCAUUUGCAAACAUAUACACAUAUAUAUGUAUAAAUAUAUAUACGUAGUUGUAAUUAAAUGAUCAAGUAGAAACAUUGUAGGGGCCAAUUUUGUUUAAGAAUCAAGGUGACAACUAUUUUGGAAUUAGCUUGCCCAUCUAAUUCUGAGCAUCACCUUAUCACUUUUCUCUAUUUUAUUGGGAUUUAACAGAUACAAUUUUUUAAAAGUAUUUUCUUGUAACAUCUGAGAUUUAAAAUUUUAAGUUGACCUGCCCUCAACUCCUGUUUAUGUAAGAUUUUUUUAAAACAUAAAGGUGUUUGUUUCUUUGUUAUUAAGUUACCUUAAUUUGAUGUAUAUAGUGUCCAAAUCCAUUUAGAAAUUUAAUAUUUAUUAAUAACUGAAAUCUUCUGUCUUCAUUUGGUAUAUAGUCUCAUAUGUUAUAUUAUGGCAGGCCAAGAUAAAAUCUUGACAGCUCUUUAAGCCCAUGCACAGCAGGCAGCAGCAGGUCACAUAACCCUGUGGCAGUGACAUAAGCAAAUUGGCAUUUGAAUAAAGCCCUGGGACCAUUUGAGUGUAUAGCCUCUUGUCUUAAAUGUAUUCCUCAUAUCAACAUGGAGGAGGCAAGACCUGUGGGUCAGUUUUGAAUUGGCCUCACUUAAAUUUGAUUUUUUAAAAACAAGAGACUCAGGGAAAGUACUAAACCAAAAUCUCUUAUUUGACUUUUGUGUUUUCCAUAGUUUUUGUCUCCCAUUGUUUUUAUUUUGUUCUACUGAGAUGCUUUUAUAAAGGAAUAUGGUACUGUGAGAGUUUGAUUCUACAAAUUUCUUAAUAUUUCUCCAUCAUGACCUUUUAUUUCCCAAGUUUCUGAAGUCUGAAUUAAAUUACAGUUUUUUACAUAUACUCUCAAGUGUUUAAUUGCUUUAAAUUAAAAUAAGCAGAGUAUUGAAAAUCACAAAGAAGAUGAAAAAUGUGUUUUCACGGGAUCUAUAUUGUUGUGAAUUAAACUAAGCCUACUUUUUUGUGACUUCAUUGUGAUGCGUUGGUGACAAAUAUAUGUAAUAAGUAUGUUUAAAUAUGUGUGUGUGUGUUUUAAUAGUGAUCUUUAGUGCAUUAUGAUGAAUAGCACAGUAAUAGUCACAUCCAGGCUCCAUUCUUGACACCAGCUAGUCAGAUCUUAUUUCUCUGAUCCAGACAUUUCAAUAAAUAGGCCAUUGCUUAUGAACAGGCAAAAACUCCUGGCUGAGUAGAAAGGACACAUAAAGUUAUUUAAAAUGUAAUACUAAGUAAGAGCUAUAUAAUAGUAAGUUCUGCAGAAAUACUAGUGGGAAUGCGGAGUGUCACAGAAGAGGUGGCUGAGAUUUCCAAAGUGUGUGUGUGUGUGUUGGGGGAAUUUUUUUAGAUCAAAUUAAAGUAGGUAAAUAAACUGUGAUAUAUCCAGACAAUAGAAUAUUAUUCGGCCCUAAAAAGAAAUGAGGUAUCAGUCCAUGGAAAGACAUGGAGGGAACUUAAAUGCAUAUUACCAAGUGAAAGAUGCCAAUCUAUGAAAGCUACUUACUGUGUGAGUCCAACUACAUGCCAUUCUAGAAAAGGUAAAACUGUGGAGACAUCAGGGGUUGGUGGGGAGGAAAGGGUGAAUAGGAGGGGCACAGAGAAUUUUUAGGACAGUGAAACUAUUCUGUGUGAUACUAUAAUGGUGGAUGCAUAUAUUAUAUAUUUGUUACAUAUUUGUUCAAACCCAUAGUGUAUAACACCAAGAGUAAACCCUAAUGUAAAUUAUAGACUUUGGGUGAUAAUGAUGUGUCCAUGUAGGUUUAUCAGUUGAAACAAAUAUACUGUUCUGGUGGGGGAUGUUGAUAAUGGGGGAGGCUGUGCAUGUGUGGGGGCAGGAGGUUUGAAAGAACUCUGUACUUCGACUCAAUUUUGCUGUGAACCUAAAACUGCUCUAAAAUACAGUCUAUUCUAAAAAUAAACAUACCAAGUCCCAGCUUUAAACAAAAAAUAAAAUAAUAUAUGCGUA